CACAUGGAAUAACAUUUUGGGACUUUUUUUCCUUCUUUCUUUUGGAAAACUGGAAAAUGUUUGAGUCCAAUGGCACCUCAAAGGUAAAAUACUGACAGUUAUUUGCAUUCCUGGACACAUUGUGGGGGAAAAAAAGGCGAAGAGGACUCAAAUAUCGGGACAACAAGUUGUUUAAAAGGGAUUCUUGAGCGAGGAAUCAUGAAAGAUAACUAUGGUGGAUAUGAGAACCAGCUUUUUAAAGAGGAGGAUUUCACUGGAGAAGAGGAAAUGCCUUCAUUUAGAGGUCGUAGCAGAGGAGGCUGCAUGAGGUGUCAGCAGAGCCACUCUCUCCAGCUGGCUGUCAAAGUCCUCUAUGGAUUUGUUGCUUUUCUCAUCAUCACAGUGGCAGUGCUGGCAUCGCUUGUGUUCAGGAAGGUGGACAGCUUGUCUGAGGAAGAGUCCGUCUACCACAAGAAGAUCUCCAGAGUUCAGCAAGGAAUAGAUGAUCUGAGCUCCAGCUCUAACUGUUCAGGCUGUCUGGAUGUGGCUCUGUACAGCCAGCAGAUCAGCAGGCUGAAGAGAGAGUUUGAAGACAUCCAGAGAAUGAUUCUGGGACAGGAGCAGGUCCUGGACCAGGCCUCCCAGACCCAGAACACCCUAAAGGCCACCAGCAACCGGCUGACACGCGACAUGCAAAACCACCUCAUGUCUAUCAAAAUUCUCAACCAGUCACUGGAAAGAUACCUGGAUCGGGUGGAGGGCUGGAAGGACGUGAUCGAGGAAACUGUAGUGAAAAUGAAGACACUGGCGGAUGAUCAGUAUGACGUCAAAGCUACAGCACAGCAAGUUAACAUGACGGUGGCACUCAGUACAAUGUGGAUAGACGCCCUGCAGAGAAAAGCAGACGAGGAGACUCUGGUCCUCCAGAAGUUGACCACUGACUGGCAGAACUACAGUCGAGUUCUGACCUCCAUUAAAUCCAACACAAGCAGCACCACGCAAAGCAUGCGUUUCCUCCAAAACAACAUUGCAGCAGAUCACCAGAGAAUCGCCAUGUCCAAUGAGGUGUACUACGACCUCACCCAGCAGGUGAUGAACUUGCAGAUGCAGCUUGACAACGUGACGUCUUUCAUGGAUGAACACGAGGAGAACAUGCAUGACCUUCACUACCAUUCCAGGUACUAUGAGAACCGGACUGGUGAGCGUUUUUCUGCGUUGGAUGGUCGUCUGAACUCCAUCUCGAUGGAGAUUGAUACGAUCUCCUCCAGCAUCAAUGCCACUGUCAACCACGUCCAGAGCAUGUACAAGUACAUCAACAUCGAGAGCUCAUCCUGCCAGAGUCGCAUGGGCAGACACACAGAAGAUCUACAGAACCUGAACAACACAGUUUUGUUACUUCUCCAUUUGGCGGACACACUGAGACAGCAAAACAUGUUGCUGAAUCUAAGACUGGAUGUGGAUGUCAGAAACCUGUCCAUGGUGAUGGAGGAGAUGAAGCUUGUGGAUGUUCACCAUACACAGCUCAUAAAGAACUUCACUAUAGUCAAAGGUAUUCCUGGACCACCAGGGCCCAAAGGGAACCGUGGUGAGACUGGCUCAAAAGGACCCAUGGGACUAACUGGGAGCAAAGGUGACAGAGGCCCGACAGGAAGCCGUGGAUUAACUGGAGAGAAGGGUUCUUUAGGGCCCAUAGGAGCAACAGGUGCACCAGGGCCCAGUGGCAACAAAGGGUCAAUUGGACUCAAAGGGGCUAAAGGGUCUCCCGGUUUUCCAGGAACACGUGGCGAGAAGGGCCAGAAAGGUGACAUGGGCCUCUCUGGUGCUGAUGGCAUGGAAGGACUCACAGGGCCUUCAGGGAUCCAGGGUCAAGCAGGACAACCAGGCGUUAUUGGGCCAGUAGGACCAAGGGGAAAACCAGGGCCAGCAGGGCCACCUGGACCACCAGGAACCCCUGGACCUCCAGGCUUGCCAUACCCCCAUGACCGAAUCAACACCCAAGAGCGGACCGUGACGCCUGCUACUGGGUCCAAAAGACAGUAGAAAGAUAGAUGAAGACGUGGACUUGGAGGUGAUUUGUCCGGCACAGAGAAGCUUUAUUUGCAGAUUAGGAUAUCAUCCAUUGUGACCGGGAACGCAAUAAUCCAUUUCUUUGGGAUUAUACAAGACAAUAAAGAACAAAUGCAACAAUCAAAUUGGAGAUGGGGGCUUUAAAGGAGCCACUCCCCUGAUGUUAAGACAUGGCCACAUGAAAUGAACCAAGAGGAGGAUCUAAAAAAUAUAAAACAGAACUGCUGUCAAGGUUGAACUGUUGUUGAGAAGUUGUUGAGAAAGACUACCCAAGGCCAAAUGAACGAUCUUUGGACAGACUUUGAAUUUUGUAUGGUGGUAUGCCUUCAUACAACACAUGGGUCUCAUAACUACUUUUGAUGAGUGUUUCCUGGCAACAAAGCCAAAGAAUGAUCAAAAAUCCCCAUUUUACUAGAAUUUAAAACUUGCCUUUGAUGAUGAGAUUAAUAUGAAUACAAAAAAUGUCUUGCCUAGUUGAAUGUACUUGAAGGAAAGAAUAUGUUUAAGGUUGUCGUCAAGCCUCAAAACCUCAUGGGGCAUAAUAAAUAGCAGGGCUGUUAACCACAGAUUUGGACUUUACAUUGCCAUGCACUACUAUAUAGGCACAGAAAAGCAUUAGUUUUUACAUUUUGUACACAUUGACACAUCCUUUUUCUGAUGGAUGGCACUUUAUUGGUUCUUAAAGUGUAAAAAAUUAAGUCAGUUUGUUUAUCUUUUGGCAUUUCAGAGCAGGUACUCUGAAGAUGUUUCUUACAUAUAUUGGUCAAAAUUGUCUUUGAAGAUAUAAAGUUUAAAGUCUGAAUUUGACUCUUUAGACACCUUUGAUUGACAUUUUCUUCUAUUGUUUUUGGACGAAGGAAAGUAACAAAUAACUCUCUUGUUGACAUGAUUGUGAAAACAUUUUGGGAAAUACACAUUCACUUUUUUUUUUGAGAGUUCGAUGAGAAGCUGUUGGAGGUGAUUAGCCUAGCUUAGCAUAAAGACAAACAGUUAUCCUGAGUCUUUCCGAAGCUUAUUAACAUUUUAUAUCUUGUUUGUUUAAUAUGUGCACAUGUGUGAUUUCUUACAAACAGCAGUUUAUCCAUUAUACACUCUGAAGUUGUUUGCUUAAAAAUACUAACAGAACAUAACUCUAUGUAACUACAUGAGAGUCAGUAUUAAAUUACACAAACAAGAUUCAACGUGGUAAACAGCAAAAGUUACAGAUGUUUCUUGUUUUUUACUUUUUGGAGAACCAGGUUAGCUGAUUCUUUCACAGUUAGUUCAAGAAAUGGACCCAAAUCCAGACGUAAAAGUGAAGUGAACAAAUGAAGACUUUAAGUUAGUUAUGAGGCUGGUAUACGCAAACACGAGGAGCAGGAACAACAGGACGGUGAAGCAGAAUACAGAAUUGAAGAAUGAAACACAGAGUAAGGCUAAAGAGUCAGUGUUUUUGCCAAGGAUCAUGGUGCUACAUGAAACAUAAAACAUGGUGCAGACAGUAUUACAUUUUAAUGCAGUAUGUUUAGACAAAACGAUUUGGCAAGAAACAACAGACUUGGACUUGGAGGUGUAUGUUCAGUACAUAUGCUAUAUAUGGAGACAGAAGUAAAGACAAGCUAGAUGAGGCACGUGAAACUAAUCAGGCUGGAACAGAAAAUAAAAAAUGGCGGGAAACGCAAGAAAGGCAGGAAGUAAAGCCAAAGACAUGAAUUUGGGAGAAUUACAAAAUAAAACAGGAAACAUGAAACAAGAUGCUCAAAACCAUGACAGUUUCCCUCUGCCUCCAGUUUUUCUGCUAAAUUAAGAUAAGCUAAGCUAAGCUAAUUGCCUUAGGCUCUAGCUCUCUGCCUUAUGCACAAACAUGAGAGUGGUAUCAAUCUUCUCAUCUAAGUCUUGGAAAGAAAGUAUAUUUCAAAAAAAUAUUCCUUAAAGUGGUAUGAAGGCUAGAAAGGUCAAGAAACACAGAUAAAUAAUAAUGUAUAAAUACAGUUUGUGAUAGCAGAGACUAAUAAGAAGGUUUGGGUCUUAUGAUACACACAUAAAUAAUCUUUUAUAUCUCAAAAAGGGAAACGUACUAUUUUUGUAAACGUGUGUUGUAAUGAAAUGCGACUGGCUUGCAUCGAACUCCAAUAAAGCUUUUUUUUAAACAGUC